AUGUGCCAUGAUGCUAAAUGUGCCAUCAAUGACCGUAGUAUUAAAUACAAAUUUUAUCAUUCAGGUGAUCUUAACAUUGGUGGCAUUAUUUCUCUAAUUUAUAUGAUGUCUAACCUGAUCACCUUCAAAAGAAUUCCAUCUGAAGAACUUCUUGAUGAUCCGAUCUAUUUCAUGGCAACAUGGACAUACCUUGCUUCUAUGGAGCUUCUUUCUUCACAUGACAAAUUUGUUCCAAACUAUAAAUGCAGCCUCCAUCAAAAUUCAGUUUGUGUUAUUGCUGGACCCAACUCUCAUAUCUCUCAGGUUAUGGCUGACAUCCUGAGCAUAUAUAAGAUUCCACAGCUCACAUAUGGCUCUGCUCCAGUGAUCAACAAUAUGAUUCAAACAGCUUUUUAUCAUCAGAUGUUCCCAAAUGAACAACUUCAAAUUAUGGGGAUCCUCCAGCUGCUGCUGUAUUUUAAGUGGUCCUGGAUUGGGCUUAUUUGUCAAGAAAAUGAGAUUGGUCAAAGAUUUCUGCUAGAAGUGCUUUUCAUAUUUUCUGAAAAGGGAAUCUGCUUUGAUUAUACUGAAGAGCUUGUGCUAGAAGCUUUUUCAAGUGAUCUGGGAGAAAAAAUGGAUAAUUUUCUUCAAAUGUACAAUGUCAUUAUGACAAGUAUUUCUAGUGUUGUGAUUGUAUAUUGUGAAAACCAGGUUAUGGCUCUUUUCAGAAUGAUCUUCUCUAUUUCAGAACAUUUGGAAACAACAGUGGAGACAAAAAACAAAGUUUGGAUUUUUUCAGCCCAGAUGGAAUACACUUCAGUUCCAUUUCAAAGAGACAGUAGUAUAGACUUCAUCCAUGGUGCUCUUUCUUUCUCAGUUUCUUCAAAAAAAAUAUUAGGAUUCAAAUCAUGUCCUCAGAUGACAAAUGGUGUUCCAGAAAAGGAAGACAGUCUUUCAAGGGUCUUUUGGGAGCAAAUAUUUGGAUGUUCCUUCUCAAAUUCCACUUUGAAGCCAGAGAAAAGAUGUACUGGGGAAGAGAAGCUGGAGACAAUUUCAGAUUCUGUUUUUGAACUGAGCAUGACUGGGCAAAGCUACAGUAUCUACAAUGCAGUCUAUGCUGUGGCACAUGCUCUCCAAGCCAUGAUUACAUCCCACUCCAAACACAGAGCAAUAGCUACUAGAGGGAAACAGAAGCUUUUUCAUCAUCAGGUGUGGCAACUUCAUCACUAUCUGAGAAAAGUUUCAUUUAACAACAAUGCUGGAGAAAACAUUUUCUUUGACCAGAAUGGGAAGGUUGCAACUGGCUUUGAUAUUGUCAACUGGGUCAUUUUCUCAAAUCAAUCCUUUCUUAGGAUGAAAGUUGGAAAAGUAAAUCCAUCAUCUCAACUAGAAAAUUCUCUCUCUGUGGCAGCAGAUAACAUUGUUUGGCCCAAUCUUUUUAACCAGAAACAACCUCUUUCUUUGUGUAAUGCUCAUUGCUCCUUGGGUUACAGCAAAGUCAAAAUAGAAGGGAAGCCAUUUUGCUGUUACAAAUGCCUUGGUUGCCCCAAAGGAAAAAUUGCCAACCAGACAGAUUUAGAUGACUGUAUCCCAUGUCCUAAAGAAAACUACCCUAAUAAGAAUCAGGAUCUGUGCAUUCAAAAACAUACAACCUUCUUGUCUUACAAAGAACCCUUAGGAAUCACUUUGACUAGUGCUGCUUUCUUUUUUUCUUUCAUCUCAGUUGUGGUACUGGGGAUCUUCAUUAAAAAUCAGGACACUCCAAUUGUAAAAGCCAAUAACCGGAACCUCACCUAUACUCUUCUCAUUGCUCUCUUCCUCUCUUUCCUUUGCACUUUGCUUUUCUUUGGACAACCUGAUCAAGUAAAAUGUCUCAUGAGACAAACUUCUUUUGGCAUCAUAUUCUCUAUAGCCCUUUCUUGUAUAUUGGGCAAAACAACCAUAGUGGUCCUUGCUUUUAUGGCCACCAAGCCAGGCUCCAAAAUGAGGAAAUGGGUAGGGAAAAGGCUGGCCAGCACUAUUGUCCUGUCUUGCUCCCUGAUACAAGUCACUAUUUGUAGUGUGUGGCUGGCAAUUUCUCCCCCAUUCCCAGAUUCAGACAUGCAUUCCAUGGUUGAAGAAAUUAUCCUGGAAUGUAAUGAAGGUUCAGCCAUCAUGUUUUACACUGUCCUUGGCUUUAUGGGGUUCUUGGCGGCCAUCAGCUUCACGGUAGCCUUCCUAGCCAGGAAGUUACCUGAUAGCUUUAAUGAAGCUAAAUUUAUCACCUUCAGUAUGUUGGUCUUUUGUAGUGUCUGGAUAUCCUUUGUUCCCACCUAUCUGAGCAGUAAGGGAAAAUACAUGGUAGCUGUGGAGGUCUUCUCAAUUUUGACAUCUGCAGUUGGAUUACUGGGCUGCAUCUUUUCCCCCAAAUGCUAUGUUAUUGUUCUAAGGCCUGAUUUGAACAGAAAGGAGCAGCUAAUAAAGAAACAAAUGUGA